GCAGCCAGGAUGUUAAAGUAAAACUGUUCUGAUCAUAACAGCAAACCUUGCCAUGUGUUUAGCAUAGUUGACUCCUGUCUAACAGCUAGCCUGUAGCUUCCCCUCUGGUUGUGCUUCAGCCUCCAUGUUCUCUUUAUCCUCCCAGUAAGCCUGAGGCUGACCUCUGCUGAUCCUCUUCCUGACCACCUGUUGCAUCUUAGAGAGAAGCUGGAUCAGUUUAGACGCUAACAUGAAGCCGUCUCAGGUGGAGCUUUGCAACCAGAACGAGCAGAAGCUGUUGCUCAGAUGACAGGAGGAAGCGUCCACAGGGAGCGCCGACCUCUGCCCCCGUUUUAGCUUUUGGGAGGUAAACCUGUCUCAGGCGGAGCAGGAUGUCCAUCAGGACUCUGCCUCUGGUCUUUAUAAAUCUGGGAGGGGAAAUGCUUUACGUCCUGGACCAGCGCCUGCAGGCCAACAACACGUCUGAGGACAGGUCAGAGAAAGGUAGGCCUGCCUGACAGGUGUGGCUGGAGCUCCAGCUGAUGAACGCCUACAUGUCUACCUUUUAGCUCAGCUUGUUUAACAACAGACUCCCUCUGUUCCAUCUCUGCUCUGCAGGAGUUUGGUCAGAAGGAGACAGAAGGAGAGGUAUGAGAUGAUCGUUCUGUAGGACUGGUUAGUUCCCUCCUCCUAGAGUGACUCAGGUCUUUAAUUGAGCAAACGUUUCUGCAGUAACACAAAUAUUUAGUUUUAUGGCUUCCAUGUUCUCAGACUGAUUAUUCCCAGAGUCGAUUCUUCUUCUUCCUUCCUUCUGGAAGCCUCUCUCAGCUUCUGGACCUAAUCCCUACUGAUGGAGACCCACUGUUAUUUCUUGCUCUUUGAUUGGAUCAAGAUGGUUCAGUAAUGAAGCAUCACAUCCACCCGCUGCUAAAGUUUAGCAAGCUCUGCACUGGUGGUACCCGUCUCAUAGUGUCCUGUCCAGCCAGCUGGACCUUCAUUGAUGUCCUCAGGCUUCUUCUCUACAGCUAAACUUCUGGUUUUAAUUCCCUGAUGAUCUAGUAAACUCUUCCACCUGCUGCCAUGUUCUCAGCAGCAGUUUUCUGGCGGUGUUCUUUGGGUGGAACCAGAACCAGAACCAGAACAAUGGCUUCUGUCCUUUUAACAGCUUCUGCUGCUGAUCUCCUGAUGGACUGAUGUGAAGUUAGUUCAUCAUUCUGGGCUUUAAAACAGAUUCGAUUUAGUCGUAGAACCAGAACAUUUGUGUCACUGCAGAACUUUAGUCUGUAGUUCAGCUUUGUUUUCAUGAAAUAAAUCAUUUUUUUAGCUUUAUUUGACAGAUGAGGCUUUAGACGUUGUUCCUUAGCAGCUCAGAGGAUGAAUAAAUGUCCAUUUAGAGGAUCCCGUCCAUUUGAAGGACUUUGUCUUUUUGUCCCUUGCUGAAUCUCAGUUCUGAACGACAUCGUUGGGACCAUGUUCAGUAAGUCCUUCAUGGAUGAACUCCUGAAACCUCAGCAGCUGUAUUCACACCGGACCAUGAAAACGGUGCUGACCCGGUUAGCGCACGCAUCCAUCAUGAGGCUGAACCCGGCCAGCAUGGACAGGCUUUAUGAGCUGAUGAUCAUGGCCUUCAAAUAUCAGCUCUUCCUUUGUCCUCGGCCCAGAGACCUUCUGCUCAUCUCCUACAAUCACAUCGACUCCAUCAGAGAGAUGGUCAGAGACACUCCUGUGGUCCUGAACCAGGUGAACGAGACCCACAGGAAAAUCAUUGAGGUUUACUCCGGCUUAUCAGAAGGAGAACUCCAGUUCCUCAGACAAACUCUGCUCAUAUUUGUCCAAGAGAUGCACGUACGGGUUUCCCUUUUUCUGAAGAAUCAGAUCCAGAAUCCCAGCGGCCGUUUUGUCCUGACCACCUCGGGUCCGGUGCCGUUUGGAGUCGAUGUUCCAGGACUUAUCAGGAAGUUUGACCUCCGAGGCAGAGAGGUGAGUCAGAGGGAGUUUCCGCCUGGAGGGAGCUACAGCAGUCCGGUUGGACCGGGGUCGUUUGACCUGAACGGAGACAGAGUCCUCAGACUGGGCAGGAACCUGUACGGACCCAGAGUUGCCACCAUAGUGCAGCUGUCAGCGUGCUCUGGGCCACCCGGCUGAGUUCUCUGUUUGCUGUCUGAUUAAAGGUACAGAGCGGAGCACCCAGAGGAGACGCAGACAUCAAAGACACCUGAUGUUCAGCCGGAGAGCACCCCCAACCCGCUGGCGAAAGAAGAGCUCAACCUGCUGGCCCGGCUCAUGGGCAGCAUGAAGGCCGAGAACCUUCCCUCAGAAGAACCCUGCUUCCGGAUCAACCUGUUCCCCGCGGACCAGGAGGAGGCAGCUUCAGGCAGAGAGCAGGAGUCCAUGGUUCCAGUCGUCACCAUCCAGGCUGUGCAGUGAUCAUGAAGUCCAGGUGAACUCCUGCUGUUCUUCACUGAAGCUGCUGCUGUUUGAGCUUCUGUCUUCUGUCUGAUCCAGGAUGGACCCACGGCUUCGGUUCUGGCUCAGAUCGUUGGACAGUUUACAGAUGAAGAGGCGGAGCUGGAAAAGUCCAGCAGCAGUAAAGGAGACGACCUUCUGGCCAUGAUGGAUGACCUCUGACCUCAGACGGCUUCAUUU